AUGUCUGUCGGUCCAACCCAGUCUCUCCAGCUGGCCGAUUACCUCGAGAAGCUGCCCGGUACGACCUUCAGGAAGCUCUACCAGCAGCCAUCGACGGCCUUUGCCAUCUUCCGGCGCAUGCUGCCGCAUCUAGCCAAAACGUUCGUCAUGCGCAUCCUCUACAUGCCCAAGCCCAUGCUCCUCAGCGAUCUGGAUCUUUGGGUCAGGCCCGAAGCGAAGCGGCAAAAAGACCAAGCGCUCUCGAUCCUCCGUGGUCUCCACAUCAUCCAGAUCUCGGUCCCGUCCAAGGAGAAGCCGCAGGAGAUGUACUUGACGGCCAACUUCAAGGCCUCGCUGCGUCUCGCUCUCACCGGUGGCGGCACUCACAACUCCUUUGGCGUUCCCUCGACGCUGCUCGUCCCACCCGAGAUCGACCUCGCCUUCCUCGACCGAUACGCGCGCAAGAAAUGGGAGGAUAUCCUGCACUUUGUCGUGUCCAGCGUCGGGUACAAGAGCACCAGCGACAUGUUAGGACCCAACAAGAGCGUCAAGGAGCUCCUGAUAGCCGGCCGCUUGGUAGACAGGCGGCCCAACGGAAGUGUCGGCAUCACGCAAGCCGGCUUCACGUUCCUGCUGCAAGAGGCCAACGCCCAGGUCUGGACCCUGCUGCUGCUCUGGCUUGAGGCGAGCGAGAUCAACCGGGCGGCGGGUUUGGAGACGGUCGACAUGCUAUCCUUUCUUUUCGUCCUCGCCAGCCUCGAGCUCGGAAGGGCCUACGACACCAAUGCUCUCACCGAGCAGCGCAAGAACAUGCUGCCCUCGCUGCUCGACUUUGGCCUCAUCUACAUCCCCCAGCACAAGCGCUCCAUGUUCUUUCCAACGCGCCUCGCCACCACCCUCACGAGUGGGGGCGGCAGCAGCCUGCGGACCAUCAGCGAUGGAGUGGCGGCCGCGACGGCCGCUGCGGCCAACCCUUCGCAAACGGGCCCAUCGGGGGGAUCCGGGGAGCAAAAGGGCAGUGUCAUUGUAGAGACCAACUACCGCAUCUACGCGUACACGCAGUCGACCCUCCAGAUUGCCGUACUCGCCCUCUUCACCAAGCUCAACAUGCGCUUCCCCGACAUGGUCGCCGGCCGCGUCUCGCGCGCCUCGAUCCGGCAGGCCAUCAACUUCGGCAUCACGGCGGACCAGAUCAUCUCGUACAUGGCCGCCCACGCCCACGAACAGAUGCACCGCACUGCCGCGCUCACCAACAAGCCCGUCCUGCCCCCCACCGUCGUCGAUCAGAUCCGGCUCUGGCAACUCGAGAACGAGCGCAUGAAGACGACGAGUGGCUUCCUCUUCCGCGACUUUGACGACCACAGGGAGUACGUCGAAACGGCGAGAUUUGCCGAAGAGAUUGGUGUGCUGGUAUGGAGGAGCGACAAGUCGGGCAUGUUUUUCGCAAACAAGCACGAGCAAAUCAGGGAUUACCUCAAGAGCCGCAAGAGGGCUGAAUAG